AUGUUUAAUUUAAAAAAAAAUCAUAUACUGCUUUUAAAUUAUAUAAAAAUAUAUAAAAAGCAUUACUUUUCAAGUAAAAAUAAUUAUGAAUCAUCUUUUGAAAAAAGGGAAGUGUCUUUAGUAAAUAAAAAGAAAAAAAAUAUAUAUAAAAAAUCUAUAUUUUAUGAAGAAUUAAGUGAUAAAAAUAAUAUAGAAAAUAAUAUAAAUAUACUAAAAAUAAUAAAAAAUAGCAAAAUAGAAAAUUUUAGUAUUUACGAUUCAACACUUAUCUUAAAUUAUUUAAUAAAAAAUAAAAAAAAUAAAGAAUUUAGUAAUGAGUUAAAAAAUAUUAAUAAAGUGAAGUUAAGUUCAACUUUGUAUAAAGAUGCUAUUUCUAAAAUUCUGAAAAAUAUUUUGACAUAUGACCCGAAACACCUUUACUUUUUUUUUAGUAAGUUUUCUGAAUUGAGGGAUUUAAAUUCUUUAGAAAUAAUAUUUUUACAUAUUUAUAAUAAUCACUUAUCUUAUUUUUCUUUAUAUUAUUUGACUGAAAUUAGUUAUAACAUAGCAAUAUUAAAUUGUAAUUUUAAGAAAAAUGAAAAAAUUUUGAGUGAAUUUUUAAAUUAUAUAAUCUUAAAUACAAUAAAAGAAAAUAAGAAUAUUAAAAAUUUUGAAAAGAAAAUAACUAAUAGAAUAACCACUAAAAGCAUUAAUGAUAAAAAGGCAAUUUAUAUAAAGAGUUUUAGAAAAAAUAAAACUCAAAUUAAAUGUAAUAAUGAUAUAAGUAAUAAUAUUACAAAUAAUUUAAAAAGUGAAGGAAUACAUAAUCACGAAAUUUCCAAAUCAAGAAAAAAGUCCAAUUUUAGCAUAGAUUUAUUAUCUAAUGUUAUGCUAUAUAAAUUAAUUUAUAGUUUAGCAAAAAUAAAUCACAAUAAAGACUUAAUUAAGGAGUUAUAUAUUUUGUUAGUACCUUAUAUUAGAUACUUAAUUCAAAAUAAAAAUUAUAUCUAUUCAAAGGAGAGAAAUGACAUAUUAGUUAAAAUUAUUUGGUCUUUUGCAUUUUUACAUAUAAGAGAUAUAAACUUAUUUGUUGAUUUUUCUUUGUGUAUUCAAAUUAUUCUUCAUGAAUUAAGUUUAGAACAUUUAAAAAUUAUAAAAAAUAUUUAUGAAAAUUUACUAAUAUUUGAUGAGCUAUUGUUGGAUAGAUUAGAUGAUAGAAUUAAUCAAAUUGAAAAAGAUUCUCCAAAGAACUUUUCUCAACCAAGAAAAAGACAAUUUAAAAAAAAAAAAAAAAGAAUUGAAAUUACUGACGAAAUAAAAUUUAAAUUAAAAAAAUAA